GACAGUGUUUAUAAAAAUUUAACCGGGAAUUUGGGAAAUACAGUAUUAUUUGUUUUUCUAUUAUUUGUUCAAAACAAAAAAAUCAAAAUGAGUGAUUAUCCGGAUCCCGAAGAAGAAUUUGAAUUGAUGUAUGGCGAUGAAUUGGAACUUUUACGAGAAAGAGAAGCUGAAAUUGAUGAACUACCAACAAUUACAUCCAAAUCGCAACACACAAAUACACAACACACUAAUGCAAAUGAUGUCCAAUCGUCACAAUCCACUGUCAAUCCCUCAUUAUCCCUGUUCUCCUCUGAACCCUCAACUAGUCAUGAAAAUGUUGAUUUAUUUCCACCCUUUGAGGAACCGACACAGGAUUUUGUUACUAGAAAAAGAACAGCUGAUGAGAUCUUUGGUGAUAUUGGGGAUUUGGACUUUGAUGAUUUUGAUGCUCAACCAACCAAAAAACCUAAAUCUGAAAAUGAAGAACUCAAGGAAUUAAUGGAACACAUAAUACUGUUACGAAAACUAAAUGCUGAAAAAAGCAAUAUGCUUUCCAAAAACAAAUCGAUUUCUACAAAUACUGCUGAUAGAGACAGAUAUAACAUAAGUCGCAGAGUUCCUCAGUAUCCAUUUGUAGGAAUUAAUUGUCAUGAUGGAGAAAGGAUUUAUGUUAGAUUUCAUUCUGAAGAAUAUGAAAAAGAAGAAAUACACAAAAUUGUUAUGGAAUCUUCAGGAAAAGAUAUUUUAGGUGAAAAGCGUAAAGUUAUUUGGGAAGAAGCCCAAGUAUUGAUAGCUAAACAAAUAAGUAUGGAAGAUGAUGUUAUGGAUAUUGAUAUUGAUAGAAUAGAAUCAUCCAAUCCCACUAGACAGUUAUGGACAGAUUUGUACAGACCCAGAAGGUAUGUCGAACUUUUAAGUGAUGAAAGCACAAACAGAAUUAUGCUUAAAUGGUUGAAGCUUUGGGAUAAAGCUGUUUUUAACAGGAGACCUAAGAUACAUCCUAUCAAGCCAACUACUGAUCCAAAGAGCAGAUUUAAAUUUUCGAAAUUUGAGUUAAACACUGAAUUAGAUGAACAUGGUAGACCUAAAUAUAAAGUCGCUUUGUUAUGUGGACCACCAGGUUUAGGUAAAACCACACUGGCUCACGUUGCUGCUAGGCACGCAGGUUACAAUGUUGUAGAAAUUAACGCUUCUGAUGACCGCAGCACAGAUGCCUUCAAAACGUUACUGGAAAAUGCAACCCAAAUGAAAUCAGUAGUCGAUAGAGAAGGAAGACCUAAUUGUGUUGUUUUUGAUGAGAUUGACGGCGCUCCACAGACUUCUAUAGACUUUUUAAUAAAAUUCAUCAAUGGCGCCGCUGUUACCAAAGCCAAAAAGGGGAAGGCCCAAAAGGAGUUUAUUCUGAAACGGCCUAUAAUUUGUAUAUGUAAUGACGUUUACGUUCCUGCAUUAAGACCUUUGCGACAGGUUGCCUUCGUCGUACAUUUCCCAUCAACUUCGAGUAGUAGAUUAGCCGAGAGAUUGAUGUGGAUAUCAAGGCGAGAGCAAAUAAAAACCGAUUUGGGUGCGAUGAUGGCUUUAGCUGAGAAAAGUAAUAACGAUAUAAGGUCUUGUUUGAAUGUGUUACAUUUUUUCAAAGCUCAAAAGAAGGCUAUUGGACUAUCCGAUAUUUAUAAAGUUAAUAUCGGAGAGAAGGACAUGCAAAAAGGUUUGUUUACCGUUUGGCAGGAAAUUUUCCAUAUAGUUCGUCCGAAAGUAAAUCCUCUAGUUAAUCAGACAAUUUCGUCCCAUAAACAAAUGAUUCAAGCCAGGAUGGCGAAAGUUUUACAAACCAUUUGCUCGUUUGGAGAUUAUGACAGAGUGGCACAAGGUGUUUUUGAGAAUUUUACUCAUUUAAAACUGAAGGAUUCUACGUUACAAGGACUAAGCCAAGCCAUGGACUGGUUCGUUUUUAGUGAUAUUUUAAAUAAGCAGAUUUAUUCUUUGCAAAAUUAUUCGUUAAGUUCCUAUUUACCGUACGCUUUUGUUGUUUGGCAUUUCUUGUUCGCUACUCCUCAAUCGCAGAAGUUAAAUUUUCCCACUAUGGGAUACGAGAUGAAACAAAAAGAGACAAAUCGAAGGGGUAUUGUUUCCGAAGUACUUCGAGGCAUGCCGCCGACAAUAAGAGCUCAUUGCCAUCGAUUGUCGCUACUGCUUGAUAUUCUGCCACUAAUAGUUGCGAUAAUUACUCCUAAUUUCAGACCUGUGAGUCUACAUCUGUACACGAAGGAAGAAAAAGAAAAUAUGCUGAGAGUAGUGAAUAUUAUGAUCGAUUACAAUCUGAAUUAUAUACAGGAGAGACUGCCUGAUGGAAAUUAUGUUUUUAAUUUGGAACCAAACGUAAACGAAGUUGUCUUCUUAGAAAAAAACCUUCCAUCUCAAAGACGAACUGUUUCUUAUUCGAAUAGGCAGCUAAUCGCUAGAGAAGUGGAGUUAGAGAAGAUGCGUCGAUUUGAACAACCCAAAGCCAAAGAAGCCGCGAAGCAAGCUAAACCCGUAGAAAAGCAAACUAGCCUAAGUGAUAACCAGUUGCCUAAUCAUUUGCAAAAGUUGAAAGCCAAAACUGUUAAGACUGCGAAACCGGCUGUCGCAAAAGAUUUCUUUGGAAGAAUUAUAACCAAAACAGCUUCAUCUACUGCCAAGGAAGGAUCUGAAGCCGUAAAGGACAUCUGGUACCAAUACAAAGAGGGCUAUAACAACGCAGUUCGAAAGAAAAUAACAAUUGCAGACAUAUUGUAAUUAAUUAGUUAAGCAUUAUUUUUGUAUUUUUAAUGUUAAUUUUAUGAAAUAAAGUUAUUUAUUAAUAAUA